CGCAUGUCAUACGUUUAGACCACGCUUUUUGCGGCACGAAAUAAAGAAGGCUCUCCACAACAGCAAUCAUGACGUCAACACUGCCAAUGAACCCAAAGCCAUUCUUGAAUGGGCUUACAGGAAAACCAGUAAUGGUCAAGCUAAAGUGGGGUAUGGAAUACAAGGGCUAUCUGGUAUCAGUUGAUGGCUACAUGAAUUUACAGCUGGCAAAUACAGAAGAAUUUAUUGAUGGUGCACUUACAGGAAAUCUUGGUGAAGUGUUAAUAAGGUGUAAUAAUGUGCUCUACAUUAGAGGUGUUGAGGAAGAGGAUGAAGAAGGGGAAAUGAAGGACUAAAUAUUGAUACUUUUCUAAUCAUGUAUUGUUAACGGAGUGUACUCUCAGGUGCCAAGCAAGUAGACAAGUGCACCAUACAGACAAUGACUUCUGUAAAGAACUGGACUGAAAGCACAUGUUAUUUUAUCAGUGAUAUAAUAAUAAUGACAAGAAUUGUGUGUGCUGGAUCUAGAUAUAUGAUAGUAUUAUUCCACUGUGUAAUAAUCUUGUGGAUCCACAUAUUAUAUGAUGGUAUGUGUUAUUCCAUUGUCAUAAUGUACUAGAUCUGGGUAUAACAUAGCACAUGUUGAUCCAGGUGGUAUAAUAAUGUUCAUCAGAAUCAUGUGUUAAACAUUACCACAAACCAGUACAGGUUACCAGCUCAUUAUCUUGAAAAGAUGUUAAUAUUUUAUGUCUAAAAAUAUCUAGUUGACAAGAAUUUUGAUAUUAUCCAUAAUAUUACUACAUGUACUUGAAAUAUGUACAAACAUUUUUGUAAAAAUGAAAGCUAUAAUUGGAGACCACUAUUUCAUAAUUAGAAGGACUCAAAAAGGUGAAAAUAUUAAAUUCAUUAGGAAGGAGAUGAUUAGUAAUUUUCACCUUGUCAGUUGAAAGAAUGGGUUACCAUAAAAUAAUGUAGAUCUAAAUGUUGUUGUGUUAACUUCCAUCGAUUGUCACUUUCAUUACAUUUUUGUUACUUCAUUGUCAUUUUAUUUUGUCUUUUAAUGAAAAUAAAAAGUAACACUUUCAA